UGUGGAGCUUUAGGUGAGGCCCUUACCUCGCAGCUCUGGGGCACCAUGUGUGAUUGAUCCUUUGCUGUGACCCCCCAACCUUGCUCUCGCCUCCAUGUGUGUCUCACGGAGAGCAAGAUGGGACAGACAAAAAGAGAAUUUACCCACAGGGAUCAGUAAAGUAUUCUUAUUUUGAUAAGCAACUGGAGAAUCUACGUGGGAUUUGAAGUAAUACGUACUGAGUGCAGAGGCGGUAAUUUACUCUUAUCAUUUAGGCUGAUAUGGAAAGUCCUGUUUGCAAAACCUGUAUCAGCAAUGCUGUUCAAACAACAAAAAAAAAAUCCAGUUCUGCGAUCAUAAAGUAAUAGCGCAUUAAAGCAUAUCUGCCCUUCACUAUGUGCAUUUAUGUAGAUGUAUUAUAUCUAGAAAGAUGGGAGGAAAUCCCGGCCAGGGUAUCCCCAGUCCUCAACUUCCCGGCCAGGGUAUCCCCAGUCCUCAACUUCCCGGCCAGGGUAUCCCCAGUCCUCAAAUUCCCGGCCAGGGUAUCCCCAGUCCUCAACUUCCCAGGAUAGGCUUCAGGUUCAUCACAGCCCUGUAAAGAAUAAGUGUGUAUGGAAGCUGGAUGAGUCACAUUACAUACCCCAACAAGCUUUACAGGUGUUUUACAGUGAAUCACUACCAUUGCAUGUUGUUUUUUUUAUUAUUAUUUAUAUCUUGUACAAAUUAUUGAGUUAUGAGUUUGUGAUGAAGUCAAGCAUUUUAUCACUUACCGCAAUAAUUAAAUUUCUGGGAUGUGGGUGCUGUAAAGAUUGGGUUUAUCUGUGUUUACACUGGACAUGUGUAGGACAUCGAGAGAGAAAGGGAACACCUCAGAUGAGGAAGCGGAAUUCUGAACCAUGAGAAUGCAGAUGGUUCAUGACAUAUGACAACAGCUAACAAUAAAUUCUCUGGUCUAUGAAAUUGCUUUACAACGUCCCUAAGGUUGCAUUCAAGUAUAUAUCAAACUUUUUUUUUCCGCAAAUUUAUAACAGUAGAUGUUUUGUAUUGGCUAACCAAACCGUGUGAUUCCUACAGGUGCUGAUGAUUUAUGUUGAUCCACCUGCAAUCUCCUCACACAGUUUAUUACUCCCUCAAACAAAUAUGCGGAAAAAUAUUAGGCACAUCAGGUAUAUAAGCGAUCAUUUAUGGUCAUUUGGGACAGACCUGGGUAGGGGAACCAUGGAGUUUCACACCAUAUCAUUCCUACUAAGCCUUUUGCUGGCCGUCAGUGACACUCAUGGACGGUACUGGGUAACAGACUAUUUCACCACUGACUAUUCCACGGACUCCUGCAUGUACGGCUGUGGUUACUCCUACUCAAGCUGCUCCUGCACAUAUGACUGCUGGUACAAUAAUAACUGUUGCCCCGACUACAGAGAAUACUGUGAUCCAGUAACGAGUACCGUACCAGAUUCCUGUGGAGGUGUAUUAACAAACUCAUCUGGGUGGUUUUCCAGCCCUAAUUACCCCUCUGGCUAUUUCAACAAUGCACAAUGUACGUGGCAAAUUAAGGUUCCCAGUGGACAAAGGAUUGUUUUGGCAAAAUUAGAAACUAGAUACUAG